AAAACGAGAAGUUUGGGAAUAAACGCGAAGUUUUCAAGAUUUCAAUGAUAACGUGACGAUCGUUUAUUAGGAAACGUAAAGUAGCUGCACGAAAAGUAGCACAACAAAUAAAUUGCAAAAAUGUGGUCGUCGUUUGAACUCUGGUGUCGCGUCUCUUUAAAGAACCGCUUAAUACAGUCUUCAUGCUGUUUAGCAGAUUUGAGACCAGAUCUAGCCACAAUAACCACAAGUUAUGCAAGUUUUGCUUUUGCUGGACCUGACAUUAAUGUAUCAUCACUUGGAUAAGCAGCAUCUCGUUUGUUUGGAGAAACUAAUGUCGGUCGAGUUACGUAUCUCUUCUUCCCCUUUCUUUAAAUGUCCUCGUGUACACCCAUGAGAGUGUGGGGGUAUUCACGAGGACCCCCUUUUUUCCUAUCCUGCCUGCUGGAUUCGACUUUUCAACGGAUGGAGCCCUUGUGGAUGCAUGGCUGUAUUUUCCAGGCUUAAAGGUAGGAAACAUUUAUCUGUUACAUUUAUCAGCGGUUGUUUGCUCUUGCCGCUUUUGUUUACUCAGAAAGGAUUCAUUCAAUAACUCAUUUUUAAAUUAGAACGACUACAGAUCAGGCACGAUUCACAACAAUAAAAUUAAAAAAUAUAUAUUUACUUUAAAUACUACUAGCAAAGCGCAGCUAGAAAUUUUUAUGACCAAGAGGAAAUGACGCCUCACCGGCACCUCCUUUUUCUUUAUCACAACACUGACUGUGUUCCCUGCUGUGAGUCUGUGACUGUUGUGGAAAUAUUUUUUAAAAGCUUAACGGUAACUUUGAUGGUAGUUUGUGAAGCGUUUUUCACACGAAGGCAGUGAUUCAGGACCACGCUUUCACGUGGUCUAAUAACAUAUCGAAAUCGUUUCACUGAUUGACGCACGGUUCCAGUGCAUUUGAGAAUGCACCGAGGCAAAUAAGUUCCGCUUUUCUUUUCAGAUAUCUUCUUAAUGUUCAUAUGAUCUAAUGAACUAUGAUGACAUUCAAUGAUGACAUGAACUGCCCAUACAUUUUUGUACGGAAGUGCCGACACUUAAUGCUUUUCUAAUAUUUGUAGAAAUAGAUUUCUUCGGGUCCUAAUGUAGUUAUUUUGGGGCAUCCAUUUGCAAUACUUUAUUUUUAACCAUUGUUACUACAGCGUUAAAAAAAACUCAGUGAAAUCGACUCAAAUUCGCGGUAAACAUUUUUGCAAUGAUUUCACAUCGGGUACGAAAUCAAGUAAAAAAUAGCCUAUUAAUAGUUUUACCUGUAGAAGAAAGUAUAGUCGCAAAAAAAAAAGAAUAGUUAUCGAUGUGGUCUAUAAUUCGUUAUAGAUUGUUAACUAAGCCCAAUUUAUGGCUCUGCUGGCAAAAGAGGGUAUUUUAAUUAGGCCCAUAUAGAUACACCACCUGCGAUAUCGCACGUUAAUCAAAUGUUAGUAAAGGUAUCGUCCUCCUCGUAUUUGGCGGUAAAAGCGAGAGAAAUGGAGAAGAAAAGUCAAAGAAGUGGGGCAAGUCAGUUAUCAUUAAUUUCGAAAUUGUGGGAGUGAAAAUGUUUAAUACUGAGCCGUACUUUGUGAUAUCAAUUUAAAAAAAGAAACUUGUUUUAUUGAAUUAGGUCAACAUCUGCAAUAAUCCAAUAAUGUGGGACCGUUUAUUUAGAGAUAUUUUUAGACUAGCAGUCUGAUACAAAUAUGCCUCAUCUUUUCUCUUUCCUCGUCUUUUACACUCAUACAAUGUGGUGGGAGAAACGUGUUUUAACGGCCGAAUGAUACAACACUAUAUCACGUCGCCUUUCUCAUCGGCGAACAAUAGUUCCACGGUAACAAUUCUAUUUAUGUCUGCUGUUGCGCUGCUGCUGCUCAGCAACAACCACAGGUAUUCAUUCUUACAAAUCUUGUAACAAGUCAUCCAUAAAAUAGGCUACAGUUCGCUAAUGAGUCGGAGAGGUGUUGAUUUAUUAUACCUCGAAUAAGUGUACAUUUUCUUCGAACUCAUAUCUUCAUGUUGUUUCAUGCGGCAUGAUUAGCAUAGGCUCCAGUUCUCACGGAAAGCUGCAACUCCUCCUCGUUCACUCUUUCCACAUUAAAAGAUGGUUCCGAUUGAGUCACGGCACGUUUAACAGAAGCAGCCGCUGGGUAGGCCUAAUGGUGGAGCGUUUUGCUGACCUAGAUACCCACAACAUCUUCACGUGCAUUCGACAGAACUGGUCAAUCGCCAAUGUUGGACUCGACUUGGGACUGUAAUAUUGUCCUCUCGAGGCAGGAAGAGGAGAACAGACUUUCACCCGUAAAUAGACUAUAUAUAGGUGAUGGUCCGUGCCGCUGAUCAUUUCAGUCUCUCGCUGUCUCAUCUCAGCGCUAAUCGUUCGUUCGUCCGGUACGGCUCUUUUUUUAUUCUUCCCUCUUUUUUCCUUUUUUGGAUUGAACCUCUCUUCUCCGCUCGAUUGUAAAACGGAAUCAAGUGCAUUAAGUUUUCUAUUUUCCUAUCGCCUGCAAAAAUUCAAAAAAAUACUGGCGCGAAAAGUGACAAGAAAAAAAAAAAAAAAAAAAAAUAGAUUCUAUCAAACACAACAGACAUAUUCGUGCCUGAUUUAGGAUUUUCUGUUGGAAAUUUGGAAUUCAAAUUACAACCGCAGCAAACAGUGGGUUCUACUUGGAAAUAAUGCCACCGUGCUUUGUGUAAAAAGAAAUACAUAAGGAGAGACACCACAAAAAAAGCUGAUAACAUUGCCGAAGAAUUAGACGAAAUAAGAUGCGGUGGUCAGUCGUGAAAGUUUUGCUGGCUCUGUUUAUAUUGGUGUCAGGCUUUGGUAUGCAGAUGGUCUCCUCAGCCUCACCACCCCAACAAAACGAUGCCCCCACUGAAUUCGACAACGAAAACUCGCAAUUAGUUGAAGAGAGUGACAUGGACUAUAAUGGAGUAGAAUCAAAACUUCCGCUGUCCGUUGGUGUUUCCGAUAGCGGCGCGACGCGCAAGUACACUCAUGGUCACGGACUCGUAGUCUAUCCCUCGUCGGAAUCUUCAUUUGGAUCCAAUAACCAUUAUGUCGGCCAUCACAAUGGUUUGCCGAAUUUAAUCAAAGGAAGUUCUGACUGUCCGAUACUGUCUGAUGGGCAGCAGCAUGCGACAAUUACUCCAAGUAUCACAUCAUCGCCUGCUUUGAUUGGAGAAACCAGCGUCCCAGUUGUCCUGUUCCCGACGGCUGACCAAGGAGAACUGGAUUCAACGUUCAGUGACGUGUUGUCCCAAUUGCAGACCAACAUCGGCUUAGUGUCAACUGGCGGAUUGAUCGACGAUUUGAAUUUCGUCGACAAGGACAUGGAUGUUGUCAUCGUCAAACCUCCACCCCAAGUUGAAGCUGUUGAAGCGGAACCUGAAGUCCUUGUUGAUUCGCCUGUCGUCUCCAACUUGGCCAACAUUCUUUUCACUUCUCCUUCCUCAUCAUCCAGUUCCACAUCAUCCAGUUCUUCGUCGUCUAGCGACUCUAUCAGUAGCGGUGGCAUAACUGGUGGCGAUAUAUCCUCAACGUCGAUUGCAAACCCGUUCGCUUUUUUUCUCAGUUUCGCAUUGGUCGUCGCCGGCAUUUUCUGCCUAAGUCUUCCUAUUUGGAUCCCAUUUGUCAUCGCCUUGAGACGCCGGUCACACGGGCCAUUCAGGAAGAAGACAUUGGCUUUGGCGAGGAUCAAAUCACAUGGAAAUUCAGUACCCCAUUAUCUCUCGAAUCAAGUAAAAUUACCAUACGGCAAAUACAAAGCCGGCCCAGCGUUGCCUCAGCCAGAAUACCAUAGUACAACUAUUGAGGACUAUUAUCGCCUUAGCGACAAUCCGAAUUAUUCGUACAACAUGGACCUGAAUGUCAAACCCUAUUCCGCUCUAUUUGGCAAUUUAUUUCCUUCCUAUUCAAAUCAAUUCAGUGAUCCCGGACCAAUUAAAUUAAAGGACCUCUACGGAACUCUAAACAAUUUCUUUUUGAAAGCCCGACGUCGAAAUUCCUACAACCGCAAGAUCCAGAAAAAACGUUAA